AUGAGUCAGAAAACCGCCAACCAGACUGCCUCCGUAGGCCAGCGCGAUGCGAUCUAUAUAAUCAACGAAAGCUUUCUCUCCGGCCGCCUCAUAGCGGCUCUGGUUAAAUCAGUUGACCAAACUGCAUCGGAAAAUCGACAAAGCGACAUACUAUCUGAAGACGAAACUGCUGAGGCCUUCACCCUGGGUCUAGCUGCCCUACAACUGUUCCUCCAGAUCAAUGUGACUGGCCCAGUGGUCCCCUCCAAGGAGAUUGAAUCUUUAGAGACAAAAUUCGCAUCAGAAUGGACAUGUACAUUGUCACAUAUGCGCAGAGCUUGUCUUAAAUAUCUAGCGGUUGAUGGACUUGCUCCGUAUCCACAUAUUCCCUACAUCGAGCUUUUCUGUCUCGCCAAGUACAUUUUCACCACAGCCCUUACGUCUCUGUCGACGGAUACCAUUACUCUUCCUACUGGACCAGAUGGCGAAUCAGUAAAAUAUAGUUUAUCAUGGACGAGGCUGCGAAUCCACGCCUGGCAUUACAAGCUGAUUGCCCAGCCCAGCUUUGGCGGUGCAAACUUUACAAAGAGCUCACAGUGGAGUGAGCUGCCUACGUUGGCAAAGCAAAUUCUCGAUCUCAUGGAGUCGGUCAGAUCAAGGAUCAUGGGCGGAGAUGUAUGGGCUGAAGACGAGGCAUGGAAUGUUGAUGAAAAAGUCGAAUAUCUCUUGGAAUCUGCCAACAACUACAUCCUGCUUGGCCGAUCUGAUUUAGCCAAAUCAACAAUUAAAGAGGCUGCACAAACUAGUGGGCUAUCCUUUGCUUUGUCAGGGGCCCUUGGUAAGAGAACGAGGUUCCAAGAAAAGAGCAUCAGCCAAAUGGUUGUUCUCGCCAAAAGCAACAGUAGUGACGACAACGACAAGAACAACGACGUUGAGUCCAACACCCCCAAGCCCCAAGCUCUUCCUCUUAACAACGAUACCCUGCUUGAAGAAGUCCAGUUUGCAGCAGCGGGUGAAACUGCGAAAGAGGAGUCAAAUCCCGAGCUACCUCCUGCGCUGGCUGCUCUGGCUCCUGACAACCAACCCCAACUUAACCCUCUUGACCAAAUCAUCCUCCUCGCCGAAGCGACUCUCAAGGAUGCCUUCUCGCCAGUCGACUCAUUAACGGCCGAAGAGAUUCUGCCCUUUGCAACCCGUGUAAUCGCUGAUAAAUCAACAAACUGGCAGAUUUACACCCAGGCUCUGCUUGUACGCUCCAGAAUCGAGGUCCAUCGAAGUCGCACUAUGGAGCGUGGUAUUCUACAGUUACAAGCACUCGCGGAUCAAGUACUCUCCGAUACAACAUACGCCUCUCAGGCAUCUGAGAAAAAAUCCAAAGGCGAACAUGCUGAUGUGCCUUCCAUUGAGGUUUCAGCUCCUGGACAAGAUAAGCAAACAGCUGCUCCCCCCUCCAAUAUCCCUACCACAUUCCUCCCGGCCCCUACUGCCUCAGAGUCCGCACCAGCCGAUAUCCGUCUACGCUAUAUCCACGCCUUGUCAACUCCUCCCCGCUGGCAUCUUGAAUCCGAACUUGCGUUCGCUUGGGCUAGUGUAGGAUCCCUCAUCUCGGCACAGGAAAUCUUCCAACGCCUCCGCCUGUGGGCUGAAGUUGCUUUGUGCCUUGCUAGCGCUGCUGCAGCCCAAGAUGACGAUGGACGAGGCAGCGGUGGCGAUGAUAAAGCCCGCGGUAUCGUCCGUUGGAGGCUCUUCUACAGAACGGGGCAAACGGCGGAUGUAGCCAAGAGUCUGGAUCAAGACGAAGACGAAAUCGGCGACGAAGUCACACACCUGAAGCCUGCUGAUUUUGCCGGCCCUGAACGCAGCCCUCCUCCCUCCGACGCUGCCCGCCUCUGGUGCAUUCUGGGUGACUUGGAACAGGAUCCAAACCACUACGAACGUGCAUGGGAGCUCUCCAACCGCCACUUUAGUCGCGCCCAACGCUCUCUUGGCGAAUACUACAUUGGAAAAGGAGAAUGGGCCAAGGCCCAGGAGGCCUAUAAAAAGGCAACUGCCGUCAAUCGAAUGAACCCUGAGAUGUGGGGUCGUCUUGGUGACAUUAGCCUUCGUCUCAACCGAUUCGAAGACGCGGCCGAAGCAUUUACCAGAUCCAUUGGGAGCGCCAACGACGAAGCUGGCGGCGAGGACGCCAAGACGUGGAGCAACCUGGGCUCCGCGCUGUGGAGUCUUUGUGCCGAAGUCCUGGCUUCCGGCGAGACACUAGCGCCCGAGCACAAGACCAUCGAGAAGGCGAAAGAUGAAGACGAAGACACCAUUGUGCCAAUCGUGGACGAGAAGCUCGUCAGUCGCGACCCAGCUAAGCUCCUUGCACAGGCGCUGGCCGCUUUCAAAAAGGGCGCCUCCAUCGCCAAUGACAACUGGCGCAUCUGGGAGAAUGUUGUAACCUUGGCGGCACGUAUGCGACCGCCCGCCAUUGCAGAUAUGGUCCUUGCCAUGACGCAAAUCGUGCGCAUCCGCAAGACGGAAGACGCCGUCAACGCCGACGUUCUCAACGUCUUGCUCCAGCGCGAAGUCCUACUCAAGGCCCGCGACUCCAAGACGGACGUGUACGAGCCUCCACGCGGAACAACGGAGCGCCUCAUCUCUCGCAUGAUUGAAGAAGAGAUUGCGCCGCUCAUCACGAAGCGUUCUGAGCUGUGGUCCAUCGUGUCCCGCCUGCGCGCCUGGCACCGCGAUUACCACGGUGCCAUCGAUGCUGCCGAACGAGCGUGGCGCGCUGCCUUUGGAUCCUCUGGCAGCAGCUUGCUGGCUGGUGAGUCUUCCGGGUCGGACUGGACAGAGGACGAGGCCGCAUGGAUGGAGGUUGUCAAGCGCACAGAUGAGCUUGUUUCGGUGCUCGAGAACUGGGGGCCAGAUGUCGAGGAGAUUGGCGCCAGAUGGCGCGGAAAGGCACGCAGUGCAGUCCGCAGCGUCAUGGGCAGAGCGAAGCAAAACUGGCAAGAUACUGAGGGUUGGGCGACACUGGAGGGACUCAUGGAGGGGCUCAAGUUAUCCAAGGAAUAA